AGUAUUUUUGCUUACAUAAUUUUGGUGAAAUUUGAUUCAACAUUUAAACCAAAAUCAAGACUAUUGAAAAUGCCGGUUUACUAUGGCAGUUUUAAACCAAGCACGACUAGAGGGCCAUUGUUGUUUUAGACUCACCAAGAACGCGACCUCAGUCACUGCGUAUUCGAACUCUAUCUUCAAUUACUUGGAGCCAUACGAUUAUUCUUUGUUCGUCAUUCGUCUGUCCAAUUCAUUAUCAUUAAUAACGAUAAGAACGCAAACUAAAUGCAAUCGAUGUGCAAUUCAACUAAAUCAAAGUUUCUUAGUUGCUUUUCAAAUGUCGAACAUUUGAACUCAUUUAUCAAAUAUUCCUCAAACUUUGAUUAUUGGGAUUUUUUGAAGAAAGAAAAACUUGGAACUGAUGUCGGAAAUUCGAAAUUUCAAAACAGUUUCAACUGACCAAGCAAAAAUAAGUGAUAGUCCAUCAGCCGGAUGAAUCUUUUUGAACAAUUUACAUCGAUGAUUUUUUCAUAGAAAUUUUCUAUUAGACACUCAGAUUGUGUUUGAUUUAUUGAAAUUUAGAGUUCAAUUGUCAAAUACAUAUGCUCUAUUUGACGUCUUUAUUCAAUAAAAUUAACCUAUAGGUUUGUUAAUUCAGUUGUUCGAUUCAUUUGACAGUCGAUCGGUUUACUCAGUUGCGUGAAAUGCAAAUAUAAUUGCGAUUCUGAAUGAAUAUAAAUAGAGUUGUUAUCGCGGGCGUGUGUUUCAGUCUGAUUGAACGUUUUGAUAGCAGAUGAUCGAAAUGUUAACGUUCAUUUUCAUUGUAAUAAUUUGUUGUGCCCGUUCGCAUGCGAUAGACUUAAAUCACGUCACCAAUGUGCUGUCAGAACCAUCGAACACAUUGAAUUUUCUUGCGGGAUUUACAAGUUUAACGUCAAGUCUUAGCAGUUUAACAUCAGCUUUAUCAAACGUAACAGGAGAAUUGCCAGAUUCAACUACUAUUCAAUUAUGCUUUAUGACAACACCUCAAAUGAUUACGUACUAUGGCUAUGUGGUGGUGGAAUUUGAAGUAACAACGGACGAUGGCUACAUUUUAACGAUAUUCUACAUGUAUUCAAGUAAAUAUGUUAACGACACACUUACACCGAUAAUAUUACAGCCUGGAAUGUAUGAUGACACUGACUCAUUGUGCAUACAUCCAUAUAGCUUGGCAUAUUAUUUGGCCGAUAGAGGAUACAGGGUAGCUCUAUACAAUCCACGUGGAAAUAGUUAUUCACUUGAUCAUGAGACACUUGAUUCGAGCAUACCGGAUGGGCCAUAUUGGGGAUUCACCUGGUAUGAAAUGGGCAUCUACGACUUACCGGCAACAAUUAACAAAGUGCUGAGCAUAACUGGAGCGAAACGAGUUUCAUUGAUCGGUCACUCGGAAGGAGGAACUAUAAUAUUCGUUCUUCUCAGUGAAAGACCAGAAUUUAAUGGCGUAGUAAAAUUUUUCGCAUGCAUGGCCCCAUUUACAUUUAUGAAGAACGUUGGAUUUCCAAUUAACGCUGCCCUCAAGUUGGUUCAUUUGUACAAUGGCAAUCGAAAUUUUUCGUUUGUACAAAAUACCCCAGCACAGCGAGCAGCAUCGCUGUUUUUUUGUACGAUGGCAAACGGAGAAAUUUGUAACACUGUGAUCAAUUCCAUAUAUGGACCAAGCGUUGGGCAAAGGGAUGCUGCGAGCAAUGCGCUGUUCCCAUGCCAUUGGCCAGCCGGCGGUUCGUUUGGUCAAAUAUAUUUAUUCAGUGAUGAAUAUGCUAAGAAAUACUUCGGACACAUGAAUGCUGAUGGAAGCCAUAGCGAUUUUAUUCUUCGAAAUAUCAACACUACGUUCGCGGUAUUCUACUCAUCAAAUGAUCCGCACACUAACCAAAACGAUGUUGAUUCCUUGUAUAAUAGCACACCAAGCGUCAUUACAAAGAUUUUUCAAAAUAUUCCACAAUUCAAUCAUAUUGACUUCCUUUUUGCUAAAACUGCUCCGGAACUAGUUUACAAUCGAAUUGUAACCAUCGAGUUGUCCAUCCCGUGAAAGAAGUGUCUAUAAUUAGUUUAUGAACCAUUUUUAGAGGUUUCGUUACACACCUUUAGUGAUAAGAAAAUGUUGAAAUUUUAAUUCUGAUUCUGACAUUAAAAUUGCUUGAUGAAUGAUUUAUUUUGAUUGAUUUCGGCUGUACUUGAUCUAAGCUGAUCAAAUGUUCGAUGCGAUUUAUUGCUUGGAACAUAGCGGUGAUCAUGCAGCACAACAAUGUUGCUCAAACAUUUUUAUUUGAACUGGAAGACAAUCACGAACUUGGAAUCACAGACUCAAACGGAGAUCAACUUUGCAAAGCUCUACUAACAUUUUCAAUCUAACUAUUUGGUGGAUCGAGUUGAAUAAGUGUCCGAUACAAGUUCAGUCUUCGAUUAUUUUAUCGUUAUUUAUUGACGCCGUCAAAGACUAGCUGUGUAGGAUUUAUACUUGAAUGAAACAAAUACAGAUUGUACAGCUUUUUGAACGCACAAUUUACGUCUGGACAAAUCGUGUUUAACGAUGAGGUUUCAGUACGUUGAAAGAUCGUUUUUCAUGUUUCAUUUCGUUUCAAUAAUGCAUGAAUCAUUUGACCAAGUGCAAAGCAGACUUAAAAUCUUUUAUCAACUUUCCAUGAGAUGACACGCGUCCGAAUGCACGUCAUACAAUUGCAAAUUGUUGAUUUGAAAUAAAUAAAAACAAAUGCAAGAUUGAAAAAAAGAGUAAAUAUCAUGCGUGUGCUGCACAUUGUUCCGAAUUGAAUGCGCAAUUUUCGGCAAUUUUUCGAAAUGAAACAGAGAGUUUAAUUCAGAGUGCCAGCUUAAAAAUGUCAUCACGCCUAUUAAUAGCCAUAUUUAUGACUUAUGUGAUUAUAAACCCCAAGGUGGAAAGCGUUCACUGCCAUCCAUGUUUAUUUCAAUCGGCUUUUCGUCAUCAUUAAACUCCACUUCGACCAUAUUCCACCACCGAUCGCAAAAGAACAAUUUUGAUUCGAAAUUACUCUGAAGUGCAUUAAAAGGAAACGGCAAUAUUUCUUAUCCGAGUGAACGAUUUAUGGUUUGGUUCAAGCAAUUUUCAUGGUCUAUUUAUACAAUUAUCUAUUUAAAAUUGAAUUAAACGGAGUGAAGUCAUAGGCAGUAAUUUAUAGCACCUUGGUAGUAAUUAAAGUAAUUAAUUUACAGUGACUUGCAUUGGAAUUUGUGGUUUGGGUUUUAAAUCAGAGAAAUUGAAUAAAAUUCGAGCAACUUGGAAUGCUUCAAUCCUAAAUGGAAUCGUUUGAAUAAUAGGAAAAAACCUACCUCACUGUGAGACUGUCACAAAAAGACUGGCUGUUCACAUUAACAUAUGCGCUAUGCCGCAUGGGAUAAAACAGGCGAACCGACAAA